CGGUGGUUUUUGCAAUUCUUGUUUCGCUUUUGGCUUGGUUUUUACUUUGUGUCUAGACAAAAUGUCAGAUUCUGCUGUGCCAGAUAAUGAAGUUGAUGUGGUAAUUGCUGUGCUUGGAGCAGACAUUUCAUCCUUUUUGGAGGAAUGGAGGGCAUUCUUUUCACGUUUCCAUUUGAUCAUUGUCAAAGAUCCUGAUCUGAAGGAUGACCUAAAAAUACCUAAUGGCUUUGACCAUGUUGUUUACACAAAAUCUGAUAUGGACAGAGUUCUGGGCUCCAAUCCCACUAAAAUCAAAUUUUCAGGCUACUUGUGCCGUUACUUUGGUUACUUAAUGUCUCGUAAAAGGUAUAUUAUAUCAAUUGAUGAUGACUGCUUUCCUGCACGGGAUGAUAAAGGCUUGUUGGUGGAUGCUGUGGCCCAACAUGUUACUAAUCUCACUACACCAGCGACACCCUUCUUUUUCAACACUCUUUACGACCCCUAUCGCGAAGGUGCAGAUUUUGUCCGUGGGUAUCCUUUCAGCCUUCGUAGUGGGGUGGAAUGUGCCUUAUCUUGUGGUCUAUGGCUAAACUUAGCAGAUUACGAUACACCGACACAAGCCGUAAAGCCAAAUCUAAAGAAUACUCGAUAUGUUGAUGCUGUUAUGACUGUGCCUUUAAGAACUAUGAUGCCAAUGAGUGGGAUUAAUGUCGCCUUUGAUCGUGCUUUAUUGGGUCCUGCUUUAUUCCCAGGUCUGCAGUUGGCUGGAGAAGGAAAACUUAGGUGGGAGACAAUGGAGGAUAUAUGGUGCGGAAUGUGCGCAAAGGUGGUGUGUGAUCACUUAGGGCUUGGUGUGAAGACUGGCCUGCCUUAUGUGUGGAGAAAGGGUGGUGGAAAUGAUGCUAUAAAAAGCUUGAAGAAAGACUGGGAAGGAGUGAGAUUGAUGGAGGAGGUAGUCCCAUUCUUUCAGUCAGUGAGAUUGUCAAAGUCUGCAGUAACGUCAGAGGAUUGUGUAAUCGAGAUUGCAGGAAUUGUAAAGCAACAACUGGGCCCGUCAAACCCUAUAUUUGCUGGUGCUGCUGACGCAUUGUUGGAGUGGGUUCAACUCUGGAGGACUGCUGGAUCUGUGUCAUCUUGAUUAUAUGGAGCAAGUUAGAAAUCCUGUCUCUUUAUUAUCUGUUGCUACUAUGUCCCUUGUUUGCCUAAAGUGUUCUCUGUUCUAUUUUCUGGAACAUGAUCAAGGAAAACAAGUAAAAAGACUAUAACUCUACUCAAGUAGUCUUCUUAUUCUGGUUUUUGAACCUGCUCUUAAUUGGUUUUGAUUUUUAAUUGAACACAACUGAUAGUGUGAAUUCGGCUUUUGAAGAGAGCAGGAAUAAAAUUCUAGUUCAUGUGUUGGCUAUUCCA